AAGUUCAAUGAAAUUCCCAAUUUCUCUCAGGAUUCACGGAGAACCCUAACCCUAACCCUAACUUCCGAUUACGAACCGAUUCGAAACCUACUCCCCCAAAAUUUUCAGGGAAAAAGAUGUUGGAACUUAGGCUGGUUCAGGGCUCUCUCCUGAAGAAGGUGCUAGACGCGAUUAAGGAUCUGGUGAACGAUGCCAACUUCGAUUGUUCGAGCUCUGGGUUCUCGCUCCAGGCCAUGGACUCCAGCCACGUGGCUCUGGUGUCCCUGCUGCUGAGAUCCGAAGGGUUCGAGCACUACCGGUGCGACAGGAACAUCUCCAUGGGAAUGAACCUCGGCAACAUGUCUAAGAUGCUCAAAUGUGCCGGUAAUGAUGACAUCAUCACCAUCAAAGCUGAUGACGGUAGCGACACCGUCACCUUCAUGUUCGAGAGCCCUACACAAGACAAGAUUGCUGAUUUCGAGAUGAAGCUGAUGGAUAUUGACAGUGAACAUCUCGGAAUACCUGAUGCGGAGUACCACGCCAUUGUGAAAAUGCCGUCUGUUGAGUUUGCAAGGAUCUGCAAAGAUCUCAGCAGUAUCGGGGACACUGUUGUGAUAUCUGUGACUAAAGAAGGGGUGAAAUUUUCCACCAAGGGUGAUAUUGGGACUGCUAACAUUGUGCUCAGGCAGAAUACAACUGUUGACAAGCCGGAGGAUGAAAUUGCGAUAGAGAUGAAUGAGCCAGUGUCAUUGUCAUUUGCAUUGAGGUACAUGAAUUCCUUCACAAAGGCAACUCCAUUGUCGGGGACAGUGACGAUCAGCUUGUCAUCUGAGCUGCCAAUCGUGGUGGAGUAUAAGAUAGCCGAGAUGGGUUACAUUCGUUUCUACUUGGCUCCCAAGAUCGAAGAAGAAGAGGAAGAGACCAAACCCUAAACGCCACAGCCACAGCUUCUACUAGUAAUCAACGGCGAAGAACUCCUUGUGAUGAUAUUGUUGUUCUUGUGGGAUUCCAUUCUGUGUUUUUCCUUGAAGUAGAUAACUGCCUUGUUGGAAAUUUUGUCUGUCUUUUGUUUUUGCUAUGUCAAAUGUUAGAUUAGAUCAUCAGAAGCAGAGCACUCUGGCUUGGGUUCUUGUCGUUUGGACAAAUCUAUUUAGAAAGAGACAAAAUGACAUUUUACCCUUA